AUGGGCGGGCGGCGGGCAAAAACCCCUCUCCUGGGCGCGCUGGUGACCCGUCGCUGGUGGCUGGUGGCUCGUCGGCGGGCAAGUGGUGUCGAGAUGGAUGUGCGUGACAGCGAUAGCGGGCGCGUGGCUGAACAAAGUCGGCCAGAAUUAGACGGACGCGCUGUCUAUGCAAAGGCGUGCAAGCGCAUGGGGAAAGGGGGCGUGUCUAGAUCGACCAAAGCGCCCGCCCCCCACUCCGAGGCGCGCCCCGAGCGCUGCCCAUUGUGCCCGUCCGUCAGUUCGCGUCAUUUGGGUGAAAUAGGGAACCGCGUCCCUUGUCCACGGCCUUGA